AUGCUAGUAUUGGUCGAGCUUGUGACUUGCAGACAAAAGCUUUUAAAUUCAAAAGUUGAUGUCGGUUCAGUUAUUGUUACAAAACUUGAUAGUAAUGCUAAAGAUGGUGGAGCUUUAAGUACUGUUGCUGCAACGGAAUAUCCAAUUAUAUUUAUUAAUACUGGCGAACAUAUUGAUGAUUUUGAAAUGAUAAAACAAAUGACUGGUGUUAAAGGUUUAUCUAAAUCAGGAGAUAUGACAAAAAAUGUUAAUUCGAUACAAGUGCAAAAAUUAGAUAGUCAAAUGAAUAAGCUAAUUAAUCCAAGAAUUUUAUAUCAAAUCAGUGGUACAUCCGGCUUAGCAUUGAUGAUGCAACAAUUUCAACAAGAUAGUGAAUCAGAUGGACUUAAUAAAUUGUUUAGUUGUGAUACAUAA